AUGAGUCCUUGUAUUAAAUAAAUUUUCUUACUCUGUGCUCUUUUCUGUUUGGUUUUAUGUGCUCCCAAAUGGAAUUAACUAAAUAAUUAUACCUUUGAUUAGUAUAUAACUGAUUUCAAUAAGGGUUACACUCCUAACUCUCCUGAAUACCAUAUGAGAAAGACUAUCUUUAAUAAGAAGCUCCAAGCUAUCAUUUCAUUCAACAGCUUAUAAGGCACCUACUAUAAGAAAGGUGUUAAUUAGUUUACUGAUCAAAGUGAGCAAGAAUUAGAAAACUAAACACUUGGUUAUGUCUCUUCUGGAUAAAAAUCACCCUUCUCAUCCUCAAGUAGAUUGUUGUCAUCCACCCUUUCAAAUGUAACUCUUUAAGAGUUGCCUGCUUCAGUUGAUUGGAGAGAAAAGAAUGUUGUUACUCCUGUCAAAGAUUAAGGAAAAUGCGGAUCUUGCUGGGCUUUUGCCUCAGCUGCUACUAUUGAAAGUCAUGCUGCUAUUGCUAGUGGUAAGCUAAAGACUCUUUCUACUCAAUAGCUAGUAAGUUGUGCCCAAAAUAGCUACAAUUGUGGAGGUGUUGGAGGUUGUCAUGGUUCUAUUGCUGAAUUGGCUUUUAGUUAUGUCUAGUUAUUUGGUAUUACCUCUGAUUAUAAAUACUCAUAUUCUUCAUAUUAGGGAGUCGAAGAAGGUAGCUGCAGCUUUAAUCCCGAUAAAUAAUCAGUUGAAGUUAUGCUUGAUGGCUACUUGAAGUUGACUACUAAUAGCUAUGAAGAUAUUAUGGUUGCAUUAGCUACUGUUGGUCCUUUGGCUGUUGCAGUUGAUGCUUCUAAAUGGCAUGAUUAUGAAGGUGGUGUAUUCGAUGGUUGCGACUACACAGCCAACAUGAAUGUCAAUCAUGCUGUCGUCUUGGUAGGCUACGGAACAGAUGAAGUCGAAGGUGAUUACUGGCUCGUUAGAAAUUCUUGGGGUACCAAAUUCGGAGAAAAUGGCUACAUCAGAUUAAGAAGAGAGUCUCAAACAAAGUGCGGUGUCGACUAUACUCCUUUGAAAGGACAAGCAUGCAAAGGCCAAGAAGCCCCAACUAGAGUUUGCGGUUAAUGCGCUAUCUUAUACGAUGCUUCCUACCCCUUAAACGUCAGAGUUGUUGGAUGA